GCUACCGCCGCCAUAUUGCUAUAAAUAAACUAGUUUGAAAACUGUCGAUGCGCAAACAAAUCUCUGGUUUCCAAGUUCUAAAAACAUUUAAAUUUUUCAUGGAAAUUUCGAACUGACGACGAACGAGCCAUGUAAAAAAUCCAGGUUCCUUUGAAAAUGCUCGUCCCAGUGAAAAAACAAAGGUUGUCAAAAUCGUUUUAUUGCUUACAAAGGCCCUUUAAAUUCAGAAUGGAUACAGAUAAAACCGAAAAUAUGGAAUUCACCGACGACCAAUUGAAAGAUGCUUCUACGUUUUGUAACUUUUACCUCGAUCUAAUUCACAGUUUUAACGAUAAGACCAAAUACUUUUUAUCAGAAAACGUAGUACUGGACUAUUUUGGUCACACAAUAAGAGGACAAAAAAACGUGACCAAUUACAUCAAGACCAACCUGGUAAAUGUUGGACACUUAUUCGAUAAUGCUAAACCGGUCGAAAAGAUUGGAUUCAGAGAUACUCACGUUGUAAAGUUACCUAGUGAGCCAAAGAAAGUUUCGAUGCCUUUCUUCAGCCCUCCUAAAUCAAACGAGCCAAAAACCCCAACCAAAUCGGUGUCCAUACCCUCGACUUCCAAGUCGAGGCAGGAAGGAAGGAGGGGAGUUAAAAAACGUCUGGAAUUAUGCUCCCCGGCAAAAAGGCCGAGACGAAAUGGAGAUGGGGACCAAACAGAGAAUUCCCCCUUAGAAACUGACAUAGUCGAGAGCGAACUAGAAUCCGUACAUAUAAAAUACAUGACCUCAGACGGACAUGUGGAGUUUCGCAAGCCCAGCCUCAAGAAGUUACAGACCGAGUGCAGGUGGAAGAGGCCUUGCAAGUUGAGCAUAGCCUACUCGUCUACCUCCAGUCAAGAUUGCAGCAUCUACCUGAUAAUAUACGAGGGGAACGUCAAAUGUAGGAGGAAUCUAUUGAAGGAGUUCGAGGAGGCAGAGUUGAAGGAUUGAAGUUACCGAGGUCGAAUCGUUGCAGAUCAAAGUUUUACUUGUAAAAAAUUCAAAUCGCUGAUGGUAGUUAGUACCAUCGUUUUCAAAUGAAAAAAGUCUAGUCAUGAUGUUGGGAAUUUUGUUUUUGAAUCGUACUAUUUUCUCGGUGGGAAAUAUAACAUCAGAAACAAGGAGAGGCAGGGAAAAUGCACUAGGAAGUCUCCUACUGAGUUUCUUUCACUUCUAGUGCAUUUUCUUGAAAAUAAAUGGAAUUUGAUUGCUUCAGUACUUUUAAAAUAUGAACAGGUUUGUUUCUCCAUCAUUAAUUGUUGUUUUAAUUAUUUUUACUAUGUCGGAAAGUGUAUUUUUCAAUUUGUUUCACUAGAAAUAAACGAAGAAUAAAAUUAAUUUUGUGCGCUUUACCCCCAAUAUUACAGAUUGUUUUGAAUAAUACCCUAAUUUUUCCAUAAAAAACCACAAUUUCGCCUGAAAUGAUUAAAUGCAAAUGUUUCAAGAACAUUAAUAUAAGAAAAUUGAUUAAAACCUUGAAUCUGAUGUGAUAUUGACCAUUUUUCCGUUCCAUCCCCCUCUGCAAGGAUCUUCGACCAUUCCUUUUUUUCAGAUUUAGCUUAGUGCAAUUGUUGAGGUUUUUAAAAGUUUAUAUAAAAUCCCUUUACACUUUAUACGAUACCAUAACCAUUUUCGAAUACGUUCAGUUAUGAUAUUGAUAAUUAAUUUUGUAUUUUAGGGUAGUUUUGACAAGUACGCUCUGUACAUUUUUAUGUAAAUUAUACAUAUUCCUGGAGAUUGAGAUUUAUCGAAUUAUUCCACCGGUAUACUUUGUUGUGGAUCUUUCCUAACAAGUUCGAAGACAUUGUAAACUUGAAUUGAUUGAUUUUUAUAAUGUAAAGCAGUAAAUAAAAUGUAAAUAUUCCAUUUCAA